ACAUAUUGAGCCACACCCAUAAUAAUCAUGGUGGCUGUGGUCAUCAGUUGAUGAUAAUCAAUGGCUCUUGUUCCUGGUCUAGGGAUUGGUAUUGGUCUCCUGGUAUUGGUAAUUGUAUGGGCACUAUCAAUAGUAGCUGUAGUUAUAUUGGCAUUCAUACCAAAAGCUAGAUAUGGUAUCCCUGUUGUUUUAUUGAUCCUCGUGUUGGCAAAUCUAAUCCUUUUCCUCUACCCACGUUCCGACUCCAGUCAGCCCUCCCCCGCCAUAGAAGACAUUGAUAAUCUCUUUAUUGUGCGUAUCUCGUUGUUGCUCCUGAUAGCGGUCAGUGUUGCUAUCAGUUGCUCAUUGAUUGGCGCACUGCAUUGGGCAGUCCCAAUCCGUGCAAGACUUUUGCACAGUAAACAACAACAACAAUAAUAAUAACAAGGAAAGGACAAUGACAACUAUAUUUGUGACAAAUCACUAGUUCUUUAGCUUUUCUUU